CGAGGCUGCUUCCCGGCCGCCCCGAGCUCCGACUUGACGGGUCCGGGAGGGCCGGGUGCGGGGAGCCAGCGAGCAGGUGUGGGCGGCCUCACAACCUCACGGCCGCGCCAGCAAAGCCCCCGGCCGGGCCCACGGGAGCGUUCGUGGGGCUGGCCUCCGCUUUGCUUGGAAGGGACGUAGCGCCUUCCCGAGCCUGUUGGUGGGAGAGGGGUUCUCCGUCCCACCCCGGCCAAAGUGAGAGGGUGAAGCGGCCUUCUAUCGGGGAAACAGGCUCCUGUUUACAACUGCUGUAGCCCUGGGAAGAGCUGCAGUUAAUGGGAGUGUCAGCGGGUUAGACGUCCUGCACCCGAAUCUGCGGCGCUUAGUUCUGAGCCCGGACGGGGUCCUUCCCGUUUGGGGGUCGGAGUGUGGCACUGCCGCCGGUGAGCCUGCCGCGUUCCGGGUCCUGCAGCGCAGCAGGAAGAGGUGUACCUUUUUAGAGCCACCCUUUUGCAGUCUUGAACCUUAAGAAAAGAUGUGGAGUGGGCUGCUACCUCCUGGCCUAAAUGAAAGCGAUAUUGAGUUGAAUUCUGAAGAUGAAGCCCCAUUAGAGAACUCUGGAUUUAACUUACAGGAAGAUGAAGAAGAUGGGGCCAUUACAGAAACAGAGGUCUCGGAUUUCCCAACUGAUGGACCAAAGCCUGGAGUAGAGGCAAAUGUAAAUGCAUAUGAAGAAUGCCCCUCUGGAAUUCCCUUAAAUAUGUGGCAUAAAUUUCAAGAAUUGCAUAAAAAACAUUCUGAACAGAAAACCUCAACUUCAGGAUUCAGAGGGAAAAAAAGAAAACGCUCCAGGAAAGGUAAAUUGAAGAAUGAAGAAGAUUCUUAUAGUGAACAGACCUCAAGUGAAACCCAGUGGAAGGAGCUUACUCAGUAUUUUGGAAUCAAUGAUAGGUUUGACCCCCCUGUUAAAAAGAAAAAAAUUGACAAGUCAGGCCUUGAAAAGAGCAUAGACCAGGCUGUGGAAGAGUGGAACAUUGAGAAGGCUGAGGAACUCAGCAACCAGCUAGCUACUCGAGAGCUUGGUGUAAAAAUUGCCAAGGCAGUUGCCUGCCACAACUUUGUAAAAGCCAAAAAGGACGCUGAAAAUUCACAGGUUGCCCGAAAAAAGAAGAAACUUGCAUGGGGGUUUGAAGCAAAGAAGAGAUGGGAAACCAAGAGCAACAUGGGAUAUAUGUAACUUGCCAGAGUUCCUCAAGACAUUUGAGUCUUCACUUGGGUUUUUGCUUGAGUCUUCAACUGCUCAAUUUACUGAAAAGAUUUACCUGCUUAUGUUAACUAUGUCAGGAAACUGAUAGAUUGGAAAAAUAAGCAUAAAAUUUGGGAGUUGAUUAUUAAAUCUUUUCAGUCUUUUU